UGUGUUGUGAGGGAGGAGGGGAGAGCACAGGAGGAGAUGGUGGGUACCGCUCAUCGCCCCACCCAUAUAUCAGCAGCAGCAUAUACUGACUGAGAGACGGGAGAAGCAGCAAGUCCCAUACACGGCAGCGGUAUUAGGAUAUUUACCGUCUAUUAUUGUCUCCUCGUUACACACUCUCCUGUCUUGUCUGUAUGUGCACAUCGUUUUACCGGCAGCAGGCUGAAUAAAUAAUAUACAUCCUCUUACACAGACCUGCUGGUAUAAAGCAGUCAGUAAGCAGCGAGGCUUCAUCUGCAGCUAGGCUCAGGGCGGUAGCAGGGUCCUGGAUUGUCUCCUGCCCACUUAGCACUGUACCUGGAAAUGCUGGCCUUAUUUAACAAGCUAUUGGACUGGUUCAAGGCUCUUUUCUGGAAGGAGGAGAUGGAGCUGACCCUGGUGGGGCUGCAGUACUCUGGGAAGACCACCUUUGUGAACGUGAUUGCGUCAGGACAAUUUAAUGAAGACAUGAUUCCAACCGUUGGCUUUAACAUGCGCAAAAUCACUAAAGGAAAUGUAACCAUCAAGUUGUGGGACAUCGGAGGGCAACCACGCUUUCGAAGCAUGUGGGAAAGAUACUGUCGAGGAGUGAGCGCCAUUGUAUACAUGGUGGAUGCUGCAGAUCAAGACAAAAUUGAGGCAUCAAAAAAUGAACUACAUAAUUUACUGGACAAGGCUCAACUGCAAGGCAUCCCGGUUCUUGUUCUUGGAAACAAGAGAGACAUUGCUGGUGCUCUUGAUGAGAAAGAAUUAAUUGAAAGAAUGAACCUUUCUGCCAUCCAGGACCGGGAAAUCUGCUGCUACUCCAUUUCUUGCAAGGAAAAGGAUAACAUUGACAUCACCUUACAGUGGCUUAUCCAGCACUCUAAAUCACGGAGGAGUUGAGAAGACCAAGUCCCUAUCCACUACAUUUAAAUUUCCUGGAGAAUGUUUUGCUUCUAGGACUUAACAUAAUACAAGAGAAUAGAAAGGCGUCCAAAUACUUGGAGUUCUCUCUCACACCCUUCAUCUUCAUGUGUAUUAUCUGUUCCUAUCCAUCUCCUUACUACUUCUCUAUUUUAAUUGUAUUUUUACACUAUCUUCACCUUCCAUUGUAAGAUAUUGUCCACCUCUAGCUCCUUCUUCAGCCAUUCCUCUCUCGUUGCUCUUUUCUUGUUGUUGGAGUGUGUAUAUAUCUAUAUAUGUGUAAAUGUAUAUAAUUUGAUUGUUUUUAUUUAAAGUGUAUGACUUUAGUUAUCUGCUGGUUGACUGAUUGAAACGCUACAUGACUUUAUAUAGAGCUCUUUGUCAAUAUAUAGAUAUAUAUAUAUAUAUAUAUGAAAUAUCAUGUAGUUGUACACCAGAUAGUAUACAUACUGUAGAUUGAAAUGUCAGAACUAAUGAUGUUGCAUCUGGGUCCACAACAGAAAGUUAUUGACUUUCAACUUAUUCCAGACCAAUGUUUCAAGAGACAGAAUGUAUAGAGGUUGGGAAGUAUGGCCAACGUUUUCUUUGGCUUAUCAUACAGUGCUUUUAAUGAAGAAGUGUCAACCAUUUUAAUAAGAUAAAACGGUGGAUUAAACCUUUCAAUCAUAAUUUGUGUGUGAAAUUAUUUUAUAAGAUGAAAUGUAGUAUUAAACUACAAAACAGUCUGUUUGAUUUUACUCAGGAUCUUUACAGCCUGUUACGGAAACUGUAUCUUAUAUAAAUGAAGUCUAUGUCUCCCUUUGCAGUAUAAACAGGCUGCAGACUGACUCUCUGAGUGUUUUUACUGUUAUGCUUAUGUUUGAGAUUGCAGGAAAUGUUUGUUAACAACAAUAAUUGUGAUAUCAUCAGCAGGGAUAUCAGUGUCUCUGCUCUUACUACACCUUAUUAAUUAUAAAGACUUUUUUGUUUCUUGAAGUCUGUUUUUCUUGUGUAUAUUUUUUUUCCGUCUAAUAAAUUAAUAACUUUGUCAACAUUGAAA